AUGCAACAUCAACAACCAACAUUUCGCGAUCUUUUGAUUCAACUUGUAAAUACAUUUAAACACUCCUUUGAUUCCUCCAAAGUUGCCUGCGAUCAGAAAACGGCAGACAUGGCCAAUGCAAAACUAUCUCAAUUCGAAAAGACCUAUGUAUCAUUUCCCGAAUUCGUAGACAUUGGAGCAACAUCAACUACUACUUCAAAUGCUAAUUCAGCUGCGACUGACAAUACUCACCGCCAUCAAGCAUGGCUCCAACACAGCAGCACAUUGACAUGCUGA